ACCGACGAGAAAAAGUAUUCCCAGUUCCUCUCUCACAGGACUAACACCACCUUUCGAGCAUACGUUGUUAGAUACUGACAAGAAUGGAAACUUUAGCAGUCAUUUGCAUCUUGGCCUGGAUGCUUGCACAUGCAUCAGCUUUACAAACUUACUACAUGGAGGAAGGAUGUGGAGCGUCAAUUAACAUGAUGACGAGGAACGAAGACUCUAUCAUUCUGAGGUUGUCGAGGAACCCAACCCAUCGUCCUAAUCAGGACUGUGUGAUUGCGAUCGAACCACCUCUGGGAAAGGAUCUAUCCGUGACCUUCCGUGACCUUGACGUAGAAUCCGGCCCAACUGGUCAGUGUGCCACAGACUUUUUGAGGAUGUACGAUGGAAGAAGCGGUCAAGCACAGUUCGUCCAAGGCCUUCCCCAGACGAUAUGUGGUAACAACAACAUGAUGUUGACCAGAUCGUACGAGACUCGCCUUGGAUACCUCACCCUCCAGUUCCAGAGUCGUUCUCAAAUCGUCAACAGGAGGGGAUUCGAGCUGCUCAUCAGUGCCUUCAGGCGAGGACCCUGUCAGGGAGGUGAGACUCAGUGUUACAAUGGUCGCUGUAUCAACAAUAACCUGAGGUGUUCCGGGUAUGACCACUGUGGUGACGGAACCAACCUCUGUCCUCUUCCUCUCGAGGCCAGCGUCGCUCUCGGAGUCGGAGGUAUCGUCGUACUCGUAAUCAUCAUCGCUAUCAUCGGAGUGUGUAUCUACAAGAAAAAGAGAAGUUCAUCAAUGAAAGACGAGUUUUAAUGUUGCAGAUAACCAAAGAACAGAUGAGGAAGGAACAGUACCAUAACGUUAGCGGCGAGAGCAUCAGGGUCAAGACUGCAUCCAAUGGCAGCAUGCACUGACUUCGAGCAUCUCUGGGUGCCAUUGCCGACACCAACAAGUUCUUCUCGAUCCUCUUGGACUACAUCGGGAGAGGGACGACACCAAAAAUCACAGAUGGCGCCACUGAAACAUCCUCAAAUGGCGCCACUGGAGUAAAUAGAAAUGGUGUAUUCGAUGGAUCUACAGAUGGCGGCGUUGGUGACGACAUCACAGAGAUACAAGUCUAGCUAGUUGGACAGGAACCGGAAGUUGGACCAAGGGACUGUACAAUACCCGCCAAAGACUGCCAUUGUACAGUUCCGUGAACGUGCUACUUAUGAUAUGCUUUGUUUGUUUUAUACUAAUAUUUCGAAGGCCGGAUUUUAGCAAAUUUUCGACAACUGUUAGAGAAAACAAAAACAUUUGAUAGCAAUGUAUAAUUGUGGAUCUAGAACUCGCGUGACGUACAAAAUGUAGAUAAUAGUUGCUACUGUUUCUCCUCAGUACCUGUGUGUAAAUGUUGUGUGUCCUGUAAAUAUAUGAUUUGUCCCGUACCUACACAUACCUCGCCAUUUUACUUGUAUUUUUACCUGUAGUAUAUAGAUUCAUGUAGAUCACAAACUUUGUGUAACCGAUAGUUUUACAAAUGUAUAUAAACAUUUUUAUACCAACGUAGUUUUUUUCAAUAAAAAAUACUUCAUACUGAAAA